AUGCUACACGCUCUUAUCUCUCUUUGGCUGCCUUUUGUCUUUCUCGUCGUCCUCCUCCUGUUCCUGACGCCGGCGGCGGGCUGCCCGGCCCGCUGCGAGUGCUCGGUGCCCACGCGCUCCGUCUCGUGCCACCGCCGGCGGCUGGCCUCCAUCCCCGAGGGCAUCCCCAUCGAGACGCGGGUGCUGGACCUCAGCAAGAACAAGCUGCGCAGCCUGGCGCCGCAGAACUUCUCACAGCUGCAGCAGCUGGAGGACCUGGACCUCAGCGCCAACCUGCUGUCGUCCGUCGAGCCCGGGAGUUUCCGGGCCCAGCCGCGGAUGCGCUCUCUGCGCCUGAGGGGCAACCAGCUGACGUUGCUGCCCCGAGGGGCGUUGGGCGGGCUGGGCGACCUGAGGCUGCUGGACGUCAGUCAGAACAAGCUGGUGAUCCUGCUGGACGACGCGUUUGAAGACCAGCUUCUGCUGGAGACGCUGGAGCUGAGCGACAAUGAGCUGGUGUUUGUGGCCCCGCGAGCCUUUCGCGGGCUGCUGUCGCUGAGGCAACUGGCUCUGGAGCGGUGUAACUUGAGCGCCGUGCCCGGCCAAGCGCUGGCCCAGCUGCGGGGGCUGGAGAGCCUGAGGCUGAGCCAGCUGAACGUGGCCGAGGUGCCGCCCCACGUUUUCCGGAACAUGCCGCGCCUCCGGCACCUGGAGCUUCGGCACCUGCCCUUGCUGGAGGCCCUGCCCAGCCCUGCGUUCCUGGGGCUGAACCUGACCACGCUGGCCGUCACCCACACCAACCUGUCGGCUGUGCCCGCUCUGGGGCACCUCCGGCACCUCACCCACCUCAACCUCUCCCACAGCCGGGUGCGGGUGCUGAGGGCCGGGGGGUUCCGGGGCCUGGGCCGCCUGGAGGAACUGCGGCUGCGUUCGUCCGCGCUGGAGCGCGUGGAACCCGACGCCUUCCUGGGCGCCUACUCGCUCCGCCUGCUAGACGUCUCGUCCAAUCGGCUGGCCACGCUGGAGCGCUCCGCCUUCCCGGUGGACGCCGGGACGCUCCAGACGCUGCUGCUCGGCCGCAACCCGCUGGUGUGCGACUGUCGGAUCCGCUGGCUCCUGCAGAGGGCGCCUCCGCUGCUGCACGCCGGCGACAAGAAGAACCCGGAAGACGCGCCGCCGGAGUGCAGCGCGCCCGCCUCCCUGGCCUCCAAGACGCUCCGCGAGAUGUGGGCCGACCCUCUUCUGGCCCGGCUGGUCACUUGCACCAAGCCGCGGGUCAUCGCCGUGGCGACCCAGCCCGUGCAGGUGGAGGAGGGCCAGAGGGCCUGGCUCAACUGCAGCGCCGACGGAGCCCCUCCGCCCUCUGUCUCCUGGGUGACGCCCAGCCGUCGCCACCUGACGGUCAAGAGCACGGGCCGCGUGGUGGUCCACUCGGACGGCUCGCUGGAGGUGCGCAUGGCCGAGCAGCAGGACAGCGGCGUCUACGUGUGCGUGGCGUCCAACCCGGCGGGCAACGCCAGCCUGUCCGCGUCGUUGGCCGUCAAGACCCUGCCGGCUCGCGACCGAGCCCUGCUGGCCAAUCGCAGCCACCUGCAUCACUACGACUACGUGGACGGAGAUUAUAACGGGCACCACGGAUUAGCGAGCCCGCACAAUGCGUCGCUGCACGGCAACGGCACGGAUCGGUACGCCCGUGUGCGCGUGACGCUGGACUUCACCACCAUCCUGGUGUCCACCGCCAUGGGCUGCCUCAGCUUCCUGGGGGUGGUGCUCUUCUGCUUCCUGCUGCUGUUUGCGUGGAGCCGCGGCAAAGGGAAGCACCGGGGCAGCGUGGACAUCCAGUAUGUGCCGCGGAAACGCAAGGCUGGCGGUGGCAACGAGGUGGCCGAAACCAGCGGGCCCCGACGGGUCAACAUGAAGAUGAUCUGAAGAUGACACACAAAAAACACAAAUAAAUAAAAGCUCCACGUUGUUGUUGUUGUUGAAAGGGGGGCUGUUCGAGUCCUAGCGCUCGAGUGACAACCCCCCACCACGGACCACCAACAACACCGACACAACAACUCCCCGAACCCCACACCCCUGGCACGGCAGAGCGCGAAACAGAAACAGAAACAGAAAAAGCAGAAGCAGAAGCAGAAGCAUUCGUCAAACAAGACAAAAAAUUGGCAGUGGAAUUGUGGCGAGGAGAAAUGCGUGCCUGAUGUCUUGUGCCCACGUGGUACAAGCGAACAAGUGUUUGAAGAAGGAGCGUGUCUGGU